AAAGGUCUGGCAACCAGCCCACAUAAACACGCUGCGUGUGGUGUCGUGGUUCGUGGUCAGUUGCGAGUAUCCGGAACUAUACGGCUAGGGUCUUUGAGCAUGUUCACCGUGCUCGAACGCUCUUUCGACUCGAAGCAGUCGCCAAAGAGCAAGCUAAACUUCCUAGAAGCCUCACAGGCCAACUCCGACUACUUCGGCCAGGCGGACUUCACGCCAAAGGUCGUCGCAACCAAAGUGAAAUCCUUACUUCAAUCUCAAAAGACUAGCUAUGAUGCAUUGCUGCUUCUGGAAUGCUACCUCAGCACAUUUCCAGUUGGCAUUGUACAGGCGGAUGCGCUCUCUUGGACACGGUCUAUCAUCCACCUUCUCGCUGGCAAGCGACCUCGGGGUGCCCAGCGAGCAGGCUGGCGUUUGCUGUGUCGUCUACUCCCUCUGUUGUCGGAACAGAUGAACCGAGAUGCUGCAGGACUGAUGCCUGUGCUUUUAGAAAGGCUCCUGGCACACCUCUCAUCACCGACUGAACAAGAGCCUGACGAAGGUGCAUUGAUGUGCCUGUUGGUCUGCAUGAAGGAGUAUGGCCGUCUGAUGAGCUCUGUUCAGGACGCCCUGGAGAAAACUUUGCUCAGGCUGCUUGUCACCUGGAAUUCACAGCUGGUUCAAGAACUGGUUUGCGAGUGUGUCGCACUGCUUCCUUGUUGUCGCCGAGCUGGUGGUGGUGGCAACAAGGGCGCGGUUGCUUCGGAGGCCUGGUCGCAGCAGCUGGGUCGCCUCAUGGCCACUGUGCACACAGCGCUUGACAGCCUGUUCCAAGACCUGCACAUAGACAAAGGGCGGCCUCGAACAGACAAGGCAGUUCCCCUGGAGGUUCCCAGCUCACCAGAAGAAAGCCAUCAAGCUAGCCUCCUGUGCUGGCGCCGCACUAUGAGCCUCAUGCGAACCAUCAGCCUAAUGCUUGUUGGGUCCAGCAUGCACCAGCCGGUGCUUGUUCCAUUUGAGGACGUACUCGAGCUUGUGUACAGAGUCCUCGGUGCUCACCUUCCAGUCAAGAGCUCUGGUGCCACAGCACAGGCCAAUGUUGUUGCGGCCAUCUUGCCUUCUAUUCAACAUGAAGCUGUCCAGCUCCUCAGCCAGCUGAUAUGCAGCUGCAAGCAGUUGCUGAUGCCGGAGGCUGUGAACAUUGUAGGCCUGAUCGAGGAAGUGUGCCUUCGCACCACACAGGAUCUUUCAAACGACACACGUCGGCUGCGACAGGCAUGCUAUGCUGCACUGUCCUUGUGGCUGCAGACCAUCCGAUCUCGGUUGGGCCUCAGCUCAAUUGUCGAGAGACUGGUCCCACACUUGCUGCAGGACAUUGAGCCUGUUGGAGCCACCACAGUCCAGCUGGCAUCUUCAAGGAAUGGCAGCACAAUGCCUCAUAAGGACCGAAUUAAAGUGGAGGACAGCUUUAAUCUGGAGUCCUGUGCACAAUUGUGUGAGAAUGCAUUGAAAGCUUUGCAAAGCCUGAUCAGUGCUCCUGGUGCCAUCAUGAAGCCCGAGACUGUGCAGGAAAUACAGUGCAGCCUGGUGACUCUGCUGGUGCGGCUCCAGCAGCCUGGCAACCCCCUGCCGCAACCCUACCGCAGUCCCCGGUGCCGCCGUGCCCUCUACGCCCUGCUGCUGUCCCUGGCAGCCAGUCGAAAUGGCCCGCCACCACUCCACUGCUGUGCUCGGCUCUUUAACGUGGGCCUCAAGGACAGCUGCUAUGAGGUGGUCGAGCUAUGCAGCCAAGCUCUUUCCUGCCUGUCUCUUCAUCCUCAAGGCUCUGGGCCCACAGGAACAUGGCCACCGCUGCGUUGCCAUCGGGCUGCCUGGGUCCUCUCUGACGGGGCGUGCCAGACCACGCCUCCCACACUGGUCAGUGUCGGCUGUCAGGUGCAGUUGCAGCCACCUCCAUCGUCGCCCCGCUCCCACGCAGUAGCUGUGCCACAGCCAAUCAAGCGGAAGGCUGCCGCAGCUAUGCAUUACCGAGCUAAACGCAUCACAACUCUUGGGCCGACCUACAGAACCAGUAAACAAGAGACUGAAGUGCUCUCCGAUGAGGAUGGACACGAGUACAUGGAUUAUGAAGAAGAUUACGAGGAUGCGGAGAUGGAGAAGCUACAGGCCGCAGAGGCAAUGCAGAUGCGCAAUCCUCCAGUGAAUGGCCAAGGCUUCCAUGAGCGCCACCUUGGAUCCGCUGUGGGACCAGGCAUGGGGGGUCGCUCUGCCGGUGGUUUUACUGGACCCUCAAGGCUCGUCCCUGUGCCUGAGGACUCGUCGGAGGACGAUGAGGGCUCUGAGGAAGACUACGACGAGGACGAGGAAGAGGGCGAGUAUGGUGAGUCUGCCGAGGAACCCUGUAUCGAAGCCAUCGAGCUUGAGAGCGACGAUGUCGAUGGGUCGGGUCUACCACCGCCGGAAAGUGACGGGGCACCCGAGGAUGCGCCAGUUACGGUGCUGGAAACAUCGCACGAGGAAGACCAGGAGGAAGUGGGUGUCGAAUCGGAUGCUGCGUUUUCCAUUGCGGCUGAUGUCAGUGAGGCCUCUAUCACUGUGACACCUGCGAGCAGCCAGCCCAGCAUUAUCGUUGAGGACGGGCAUGUUGAAGAAGAAGUGACACCGCAGCCUGAAUCAUGCGAGACCAAAGGGGCUGGUGCUGAAGUUGUGCAGAAGCCAUGUGCUGUCCCUGCAGAACCUGAAGCUUCGAAAGUGGAAGUAGAAGAACCAGUUCUAGUCGAGAACCACACUGAGGAAGAAAAAGACAACUCCAAGCCGGAGGCAUGCGAGGAAGUGGUGCUGCCUCCACCCAGCGAGCCAUGUAUAGAGCCGAUAGUGACCAAGCAGGUGUCAGAAGAGCCAAACAAGGGCGCAGCAGAAGCAACAGAAGGGCCUGGGGUCGCCGAAAUGCUGCGGGACUUCGUGGACUGCGGACCUGAUGAGUGAAGGCUUGAAGACUAUACGUACUUCGAUCUUAGGAUGGGAAGGGCCUGUCUUUUUUUCCCUCACAAUCAUCGUCGAUAUUUCCCAUCAACUUUCUCGAUUGUCCCCAUCACUUGUUUCAUACACAUAACGCAUACAGAAGCAGGCAUGUGAGCUUUGGUUUAGCCCCUUGUUCUGCCUUUUCGUUUGAAUGCAUAAGCAUUGAAAUACCCAGUUGAGCUUUCCCCUCUUUUCUGGCAACAUUUUAGACAAUUUUCUUCUCCCCGUGUAUCUGUAAUAUGUGAAUGAGCCUGUCUGAGCCAAUCAUGUAAGUGGGAUUAAGUUUUCUGUGUAGCUGUGGCACAGUUGCGAUUUUAUCGAUUCUCCAGUGUGAAAGCUUGCGACAGUUUAAUCAGGUGUAAGCGAAUUUGAAUGAUACCCUUUUCUUGUUCUUUUGGCUAUAAUAAAGUCAAACUUUCAUUCGAAA